AAAUGCUUCCCCUUCUUGACAACUUGCAAGGUUCACAAAAUGUAAGAAAAUGGGUUUUUUGUCUCACACCGUUGCUGUUCGUGUAGAUGCACAAAAAGUCACUGAACCAAUAUGCCAGCAAUAGAGACCUCAAUGGACCUCCACUUGAUAUUGGAAGGACGGGACUUUCGAGCCGUAGCGGGAUGGUUUUGUACAACAGAUCCAGUCUUCACGAUUUCUGUUCCAGAGAUCCGCCCUGGCGGAAGUGCGUCCUGGAGUACAGUUUACGUUUCCAAGAAAGCAACAGACAAUCUGAGCCCCCGUUGGUCAGAAGCUUGCAUACCUCUCGAGUUUCUUUGCAACGGGUACUUGGAAAGACCUUGUCGGAUCACAGUAAAACAUUGGGACGACAAUUCGGAGCAUAUCGUGAUAGGUUUUGCGGACUUGACUGUGCAAGACUUACUAGAGGCAUCUGGAGUUCCCUCGAAAGCAAUCCAGUUGCAACUGGAAGGAGAAGUCGAGGGCCACGGUAGUGUUGUUGUCCGACACGCCCGCCUUCAAAGACCUCUCCGAGAAGGUUGGAUGUUAGAUGCACGAAAGCUCUUGACAGGGGAUCCAUCCUCUCCAUCGGCUGUCAAACCGAGAGCCACUUCAGUUUUUCGCCUCACUUUGGAGGGAACGGGUCUAGAUGGAGGAUGGUUCUCUGUGGCAAACCCCUUCUACGAGCUGCGACAACGACGUUCGGAGAAGGAAAGACAGAGCGAAGGAGACGAUUGCGAAUGGAAAUUAUUGCAUCGCUCCGAAACCGUGAACGGCAGCUUGGAUCCUAUCUGGAAAUCAGCUGCAAUACCAAUGCUCUUACUAUGCCAUGGGGAGGGAGGUUUGAAACAACCAAUUCGAAUUUCUUGUUUCAAUGAUACAGGUGGUGGUCAAGCAACGUCAAUUGGGUCUUUCGACACAACAGUCUUGGAUCUGCAUUUGGCGGCAGGUACUGCCAAAAAAUGUGCGCUGAAGUCCAAAGAGGGUCACACUGACAGCGUUGUUCGUGUCAUUGAAGCAACUCUGCCCGAUGAAGGUUUAUGUAAUAUGAACCCCAACCAGGAUGGGAAAAGAGAAUGGACACCUCGUCGUCAAAGUGGUACUCGUAAGAUGGUUGUCGGUCCCAAUUCGGCACCGUUGAAGAACGGAAGUGAGCACCUUAGUACAAGGGCUAUCUCUCCACGUAGCACACUACCGGUAUGCAGUUUCAACAGUGCCGAAGAAGAAAUGUUGGUUACUGCGUCCCACAGCAAACAAGGUGGCAAGAGGGACCAUGUUCUGUUGGAGUUGCCAAUUGAGAAUACCCUUUCCAGUGUGGAACCGCAACUGCAGCAGUCGAAUGGUGCUGCUCUUGCGAGUAGUGCCCUGACUGCUUCAUUGGCCCAGAUUAUGCAAAAGAAUGAGGACCUUGUAGCUAAAAAUCAAGAACUUAAAAGGGCCCUGGAGGAAGCCAAAACGAAGAUUGCGUUUUGCGAACAGCUUGUCGUAACGGCAAACAAGCACUGUUCUCGCCUGAAAAGAGAUAAAGACGAUUUGAUCCUCGAGAAGACACGUAUCCAGAAAGAGCUGAGGCGAACCAAACAAGAUGCGGCAACCAAGGCUAUGAAGUUGAACGAAUCGAUCCAAUCAUUGGCGGAGGUAGCUCGUCGCGGGCCUGAUGCCUCGUCGGAGCAGCUUCUGACAGAGAAAGAUAGCAUUAUUGAGCGUAUGAAAGGAGAAUUUGAUACUUUGAGCUCUCGAUUAUCCCGCCUAAAAGUUGCGGUCGCGGAAACCACCAAGAACAGAGAGAACGUUUCAGAUCUUUUCAGUGAAGAGUGUGCCAAGGCGGUAGUGGCAACACAUCUCGCCGCAACAAAUGCAGCAAUCCGAAACAAGCUAGGAGAAUUGAUGGCAGAUGCCGAAAAGAAGCAAAAAAGCGGACAAAUAAGCGUCGCAGCUGCUGAACCGAACUUCCAUCUCGACCAUGGACCGCAAUCUGAAGCAUUUAGCAGCGCUGAAAACUGCAAGGGAAGCACCGAUUCUGCUCCAAAGCAACCGCCUUUGCAUCGUGCAUCAUCUGCUUCAAAAGCGUGUCCAUUUGAAAGAGCAUCAUCGAUGCGAUGUGUUCCAUCUUCCACGGGUGAUCUAGUUGAAGCCAAAACCAAAGAAGUGCCAGAAUCGCAGAAGGCCAAAGGACGAGUGAUGUCCAAUUACUGCAAGAGUCCAAGGAAACCCUCCUUGGAGCGCUUUUCAUCUGCUCGAUCUGUGUCAUCAUGCUCAAAUUUUCCAGCUUCUCCUUUGGGGCAAGCGCCAUCCACAACCGGUGCAAUUUGCGAGGCAAACACUAGAGAAGCGCUGAAGCCCUCAAAAGUCAUCAGUCGUUUGGAAAAAGCGAGGUCAAGUUACCACAAGAGUACAAGUCCUAAGACUGGCCUAAGGAAACCCUCCUUGCAGCAUUCAUCAUCUGCACAAUCUGUAUCUUCAUGUUCUACUGGGCCAAAAUACCCAUUGGAGCAAGCACCGCUGGAGCGGGCAUCAUCGAUGCUCUGCAUACCACUCUCCAGUGAUAUGGUCAAACCUACCGGUAGCAACAAAGAAGCUCAAGCCCUCAAAGCUCAAAACACUGGUUUCACAACAGUUAAGCAAACCUUCGAAAGCGCAAGUGCAAGUACCGGAGCCAGGCAGAAGAAUCGCCCCAUGCAGCGUGCAUCAUCAAUUCAAUCCGUUUCAUCACAUUCAGAAUCCUCACAGGGAAUGCCAUCGGAGACUAUCAAGAUGAUUGAGAUGUGCAACGACAAGGUUGCGGAAGCCCUGCACACGAAAAACAUCCUUUUGGAAAAAGCAAGGUCCACUGGUGACAUCAAUGGGACUGCUGGGUACGAGAGUUCCAAGUCUGGAGCUAACCUUCAGAAUCCCUCCUCGCAGCGUGCGUCAUCCUUGCAACCAUCAUGCUCAAAGGUGCCACUGGAGCCGGCAUCAUCCGCAAGAUGCAUACAGCCAACCACCAGUGACAUGGUUCAAACUAUCAACAAUAAACAAGUAUUGGAAGCCCCGAAAGAAAAGAACAAAGCCAAUGAUAGGUCUAGGUCCAUUGCCAGAGGAAAGGUAAAUCGUGUCAGCAUAGCGACCAGGGCUGGCAUGGAGAGGCCAUCUUUGCAGCAAGCAGUAUCCAGUCGAUCCAUAUCAUCAAAUUUAAGGGUGCAACCUUGCCCACUGCAACGGGCAGCAUCCAUGCAAAAAAUUGACAAUAAAGCAGUUUUGGAGGCCCUCAAAGCCCAAAACAAAAAUUUGGACAAAGAAAGGUCCACUGAGAGAGGGAAGGUAAAUCAUGGCAGCUGCACUGGCAGCAUGCAGAGGCUAUCUUUGCAGCGAGCACCAUCCACGUUGUCUGUAUCAUCACAUUCAAAAGUGCAAUCUUGCCCGUUGGAACGGGCAUCAUCCUUGCAAUGCAUAACAUUGGAUACCAUCAACAACAAAAAGGCUCUGGAAGCCCUCAAAGCCCUUAAAGUCAAAACCAAAAUUUUGGAGGAAUUCAGCUCAGGUAGAAAAAUGAUCCAGCAUCAAAGGACACGCAAUGGUCUUGGUGUGCAGGGCCUGUGUUUACAGAGUGCAUCACUUUCUCAGUCUGAGUCAUCAAAAAACCAAUCUACUCCAAAAGAGGGCAGUCAAUCUAGCAAUUCACUCAAGGAGAUGACAUCAAGGAGCCCAAUGGAGAGGACCAAUGGACAAAUGAUUAGGCGACCAGCCAAAAGCUUGUCACCCAGGCCUACUGGCAAUAUGACAAAGCCAGCGACCAGAGCUACCCUCAGAAAAGAGUCUAAUAGGGGAUCAACCCUGAGCCCAAAAAGAGUGCCGUCUCGCUCAAAGAAACCUUUGAAUGACAGCUAGUUGACCACUGGUUCAAGCUGAAACUGCUCAGCAAAUCAAUCAUCCUGAAUCCAGAAAUCUAGCUAGUUACAAUGCAGUUUAGUUAGGAGCGACAUCUGGUUAGAUACAAACUCUAGCAGCCACUGAACUCAAUCAUACUUCAAAGCAAGUGCCAGUAGAAUCGCAGCAGGUUGUACAACAAUUCUCUGGACAAGCAACAUCAGGAAUACCGGUACCCCCUUCUGGCAUACAGUCAACAGCAACAUUGGCAUCAUUUGCUGGCAGAAUGGAACAAAUUCCCUCUGGAAUUGAUCCUUUCAGGUUGUGGUUUCCUUCUAGCCGCAAUUGCUGCAAGCGAGUCAAAGAAGCAAGUUCACCGGGAACCUCUCCCGAAAAUAAGUUUUUGCUCAUGUCAAGCCACAGAAGAGUUGUCAGUAGCCCUAUACUGGUGCUGAUAGUGCCGGUGAACUGGCAGUUGCCAAGGUCCACAUUGUAAAGUCUAUGAUGGAAAGACCCUGUGUAGAACUCCUCUGGGAGAGUUCCAUUGAGUCCAGUGUCUCCAAGGUGCAAUACCAUGAGGUUUUCCAGUAAGCCCAGCUCAGAUGGAAUUUCCCCCUCUAGCAAAGAGUUUCCUGGAAGAACAAGAUAAUGCAGGCUUUUCAACCAACCAAUCUCCCUGGGAAUAGUUCCUGACAACUAGUGAAAGAAGCAUUGGUUUUGUGAGAGUAAGCAAGGAUGUAGAGAUGCAACAUGGCAGGAACCUACAUUUCCACCAAGGAACAAUUGCAGCAGAUUGCUUGCUUGAGAAAUCUCAGAAGGUAUAAUACCGGCGAGAAAGGUCUCCGAUACAUCAAGAUGUGUGCCUUGGAACAAUCCCACUUCCCUUGGAAUUGUGCCUGUUAAUGGAUUGUCCCUGAGAUUGAAAUAGGAGAGGUUUGGGAAUUUUAGGGGGUCAAAUAUCUCAGGAGGGAGAGUUCCAGUGAGGGAACAACCUCCAAGGUGAAGGGUUUGUAUGGUUCCAGGCAAGGAGUGAUCACCGACAACAAGCUCUGAGAGACUUCCCUCCAACAUGUUGGAUGCAAGGUACAGUCUUGUUAGAUGAGACAGGAAAUUUAUCUCAGAUGGAAGUGACCCCCUUAAGUUGUUGGACACUGGGAAUGGAAGGCAACAAUGGUGAGAUUGUGUUAAAUAGCCGCGCACACAGGUCAAUUGAGUUGUUUUGGUCAUACCAAGCGCCACUUCCACUACAUUCCUUUCGUUUCCAGCGCCCCAAUGACAAGUGAUCCCAGCCCACAGGCAUUCGUGAUCCUGGCUAAGCCACAUACUCGCCCAAUACUCACUGAAGUGUUGCCCAUAGUGGCAGAGAGGGUUUUGCUGCAGCUUUGUGGGUUGACCACAGUAGUCCCAAGGCCCCUUUGCUGAAGUCUGAAAGUAAAACUUGGAAAGCACAAAUCUCUGAAUGAGAUGCCCUUCGUCAGGCUGUAGCUGCAUGGGGUCGUCGUUGACAAUCCAUUGGAGUGCUGUUUUCUUGUAUUCCAGGUCUUCGUUGUUUCCCUCGAAGUAAUCAUCCCCGAAGAUAGUUUGAAUUGCCAGCUUGACUUGGUUGUGAUGGUUGAAAUCUUGGUCUGGGAGGCUUUGUUUGUUGGCCGUGCCGUUGGCUAAGUGCUGGCAUGCAAUGCUCGCAGCAGUGGAAACAGUUAUGAUGAGAGCCAAAAGCGGCAGGACCACCCAAAGCCAAGUAAUUCUUCGAGGAGCUACCUUGUUGUGCUUUUUGCAAUCAGGAACUGGAAUGGCCACAGGCAUGUUUCUUUCCGAUACCAUUACGGCCUCUACCAAACCACGGUUGUCUGUUUGCGGCGCUUGAUCUGAGUGCAACUGCAUCACGCCAAACUCUAUAUCUCCUUGUGUUGGAGGGUCUGGCAAAGAGAAAGUGAUGCCAUCCCCUGGCACAGCGUGAGCUCCAGGUACCAUUCUCUGUCGAUUGAAUCUUCGCAGAGCGGUGGCAGGGGGCAGAGGCUGGAUGCCAUCUAAUGGCAUGAAAUAAUGGAGUUCUUCGCUCGUAGCUACGGAUCCAUUGCCAGCGUGACUUACGACUGUGGUGCAAUGUUUUCUUGCUGGGGUCCGGGAGUCCUCUGUUUCAGCAUCUGCGUUCUUCGUCGCAUCAGGCUUGGACGUUCUCCGCAAUCCACGCUGCCGCUUGCCAGCGUUGCAAGACACACGACGACUUGAAGGUGAUGGCGGCUGCGGCUGCGAAGUAUCGAUGCUUGCAGUACUAACCGUGGCGAUGGAAGAGUCUCGAAGCCCCCUCCUUGGUAUCUUGAUGUUGUUCCUUGUGACGAUGGAAGAGCGUCCGAGCCGUCGUUCGCUGUUGUUUGAAUGGGUAGCGGUGGUGGUGAUGGUGGUAGCGGUAGCCGCAAUGGUGUAGCGUCUUAGCCCUCUUUGAGGCUUCUUCGAAGCAGUGUUCCUGUUUGCAGCGACGGUGUACCGACGAAGUCCUCGUUUGCGUUUCAUGCUUGCGCUGCUGCCGUCGUCUGAACCAAGAGACACCGCUUGCAUAACACGACGAAAUCCUCUCUUCUGGGAAGCAUCGCAGGGUUGUAUCACAGGUACAAGAUUACAGCGCGACCAAAGCGUCGUAGACUGGGGCUGCAAAUCGACCAAGUGAAUAUCCUGAAGGUUGCCCAAGCGCGUUCGCCUGGGAGUGGUCUUGUCUUUCUUGUCGCUACAGCUGUCUUCGAUUGCGCUGAAACAACUACUAAGCUCUGCUGAUGACCCAGUGUCAUCCGAUGCUGAGCUCAGGCAAACACUGCGCCCUCGAGAAAGAUCUUCGGUCAACUGAGAGAGAUCGUCGUCUUGGGCCAAGUGAUCCUUCUCGUUUGCAAAUUCCACAUACUCCUUUGAAGUCUCAGUUAACAAGGAUGCUGGUUGUAUGCUUUGUUCGAAAGAAGAGGGAUUCGCAGCAGAUCCAUCGUCGCUACCAUCAGAUGCAGAGAUUUGAUGGGCAGCUGAUGGCGAACCACACUGUUUGCUUUGUCGUUCUGGAUUCAUCCUCUCUCAAUGGGCACUUCGUUAAGGGCAAAAGUCAAGAUUUCUUCAAACGAGUCCUCAGCCAAGUCCGUUUCUUAUGACCAGAGAAGAGUUUUGUGAGUGGUCCGCCAGCAUUUUUGCUGCAUCCGGCCGCAUCUUAUGUUCCGGUUUUUGUGUAGAAACUCUCGUAGAAACAGUACCAAAAGUUUUUUCGGUUCUUAGACGAGAUCUGUUUG